ACAGGUGUAAACAAAAUGAAAUUGGAGGGAGAACAUGGUUGAUUGCAUCUAGUCCAAAGACCAAAACACCCUCUCCUUCACAAUACGAAUAUCCCCCUCUCGCGCUCUGCAAUUGACUCCAAAACCUAGAGUUUCAAUUCUGGCCACAGGACCAAUUGAGCUUAAAGAAAAUGGCAAAGAGCAACAGCAAUGAGGAGCCCAGCACUGCUCCUCAGCCCGAUAGGUGGUACAACCUAGCCCUAGGGCCCUCUUUCAAAGAUCAUCGUCAUCCCUCCCCCAAGUUCUGCACUUUACGCUAUGAUUUUAAACCAGCUUCAAUUGAUAAGAACCAAUCUGGGUCCCUCCAUAAAAUAAUGGACAACAGAGUUACGGUAGAAUUUCAGAAUAAUCAACCUGGGAAGCCCAAAGUGAGCUUUGAGGGUACCUGUGAGGAUUACAAGGAGAGUGAUGCAUUGUUGUUCUUUGAUGGUCAGACCUUUCGGUUGGAGCGGUUGCACAGGGCAGUGAAGCGGUUGAGGCAUGUUCGGCUGCCUGGUGAGUCUGCAGCUGUAACUAACUUAGCUACAACUGCUUCAGUUGGAGCAACUGCAGAAUCUUAUUCACCACCACUGGGCAAACGAUCAAAAGUUGUGUCUUUGAACAAUGACGUAGUUCAUCAAAUACCGGCAGAGGUUGAACGGACCGCAGAGAGCUUAGAUGCGAGCUAUUCACCUUCACAUCCAAAUCCCUUGACUUCAUCACCAGACUCCAAGGAUUGUGAACUGGAGGAAGACAUAGAUAUAGUCAAUGACAACGAAGAUGAUUUUGGAACCGCUGAGAAUGAAAAUCUCACUGAAAUGGAAUUCAACAACGGUUUUGAUAUUAACUUGCCACAUCCAGCAGACAUGGAUGAUGAGAUUGCUGAAGUAGAUGUCAGUGAUGAUGUAAUGGAUAAAGGUCCCAAUGCUGCUGAAGCCCUUAGAGCACAGGUGAAUGCUGAGGCGAGAGAGAAGGAGGAGACUUCAAGCACAAACAGUAGCAGCGGGAGUGGGAGCGGGAGUGGAAGCAGAAGCAGGAGUGGGAGCAGAAGUGGUAGUAGCGGUGGUGACAGUGAAAGCAGUGAUGGUGACUCGGUCAUCUCUAUCUAGUAGGGAACCGAGUGGAUCACCUUCGGAAUACUUAACCUUUGGUUGGCAGUGUGGUUUCUGCCCAUGUUCAAAACGAGAUACAAAAACAAGCAACAUAAAAGGUUAAGCGUUGGUUAUUAGGAUAUGAAGGCUAAACAGACUGGAUUGCCAUGUCUUUGUAUUUUAUUUUAUUUUUUCUAAUCCCAUUUCCUUGUAAAUUUUGUGCGUAGCACUAAUAUUUUGAGAGCUUUGUGUCUAGAAUCGAGAUAGGGCUGUCCUCCUGACCCUUUUGUACAUUAUGGUAGUUUCUUAGCUAAUUUGAUUGAACCAAAUGUAAGACAACUCAAGGUACUUGAAGUGUUUUAUCAAGUCCUUAAUAAAAGCCCCCAAAAAGGGCCUUUAAUCAA